AAUUUAUAUUUAGGCAAUACCGAAGAAUUUGAACACUUCCGUACCUACCUUAGAUUAUACAACAAUAUGUUUGCAUUUACUUCCCUUGGGGUGCACUAUGACAAAGUACUAGCAAAAAGAAACCAAGGAAUUUAUACAUUUAGAGUACAAGGUCAAAUGUAUCACUUUAUAAAUGAUUUAAUUCCAACAAAUCGGCGACCAAGAAAUUUACAGUUGUAUUUUUACGAUGAGAAUGCAGAAAUAUUAAAACGAAUGGCUUCGUCGGAUAUACUUCGACAAUCAAUUGUUCAGAAUCAAAUGAACAUACGAAAGAUAAAUCCUUAUUGUAUCUUCUUGAAAUCUCUAAUACAUAUUCCAGAAUUAUCAAACUUUUAUAUUGCAUUGAGAUGUGGCUCUGGCUUAGAUCAAUGAGUAUAUAACCUGCCAACUGUGUCAGAAGUAGCAGCAUUAUGGCUAGAACAAGAAAUGAGCAAUAAUAGUUUUACACCCCAUAUUCGAAUUUAUACUCACAGUAACAAAAACCAAUUAGUAAAUUACUAUUAUGGUUGCUCUGAUCCUUUGCAAUAUCCACUUUUAUUUCCUUAUGGUCAAAACGGCUGGCAUUGCGGUAUUCCAAAAAUCGUACAACCUAGAAUUAAAUUGAGAAAGCGAGCUUACUAUGAGACUGAGCAGCUUCCGAGUGUCUCUAACAUGUGUUCAAUUGAUGGACUACUUGAUAUGGAAGCGGAUGUCCUGCAAAAGGGGAAACGAAAAAGAAAUAAUGUUUCUUGUCGUGAAUACUACUGUUACAAACUCCAGAUGAGAGACAAUGAGGAAAACGGAGUUUUACAUUCUGGUAGAUUAUUUCAACAAUAUUCAGUUGAUGAAUUCAUAAAAGUAGAAACUCAAAGAUUAGAUUUUGCCUCAUUUAACCAAGAUUUAUUUCGGAUUGAUGUACUACAAGGACUUUUAGAUAUCUUGAGACUUGGCGAAAGAGAAGCUUCUAAGAUAGGAAAACAAAACUUUCUUCCAACAAGUUUUACGGGUGGUCCGAGAGAUAUGCGUCAACGUUAUAUGGAUGCUAUUGCGUUAGUACAGCAUUUUGGAAAGCCUGAUAUAUUUCUGACCAUAAAAUGUAAUCCCUCUUGGCUUGAAAUAAAGGAACAUUUGCUCCCAACAGACGAAACUCAAAAUAGGCCUAAUUUAAUUAGUCGAGUAUUCAGAGCAAAGGUAGAAGAGAUGAAAACAGAUAUAUUAAAAAGAAGCAUAUUUGGAAAAGUUGCCUCCUUUGUGUACAGUUUAGAAUUUCAAAAACCCGGUCUUCCACAUGCCCAUUUUCUUGUUAUACUUACUGAUGACUACAAAUUAUUAACGCCCGAGGCUUAUGACAAAUUUGUUUGUGCUAAGUUGCCUGACCCUGAUACAUACUCAUACUUACAUAAGCUUGUCGUUAAACACAUGAUGCAUGGGCCUUGUGGUCAUUUAAAUCCCACAAAUUUAUGUAUGAAAAGAAAUGAGUGCAAAUUUAAGUACCCCAAGAGUUUCGUUGAUGAGACGACGAAAGGAAAGAACUCAUACCCAAUUUAUAGAAGACGAAAUACUGGUAAAUCUGUGAAAGUUAGAAAACAAUUUCUUGAUAACUCAUGGGUUGUUCCCUACACAACCCCUAUCUGCUAUGUAAAUACAAUUGCCAUAUAAAUGUAGAAGUUUGCUCCGAUAUUAAAGUUGUGAAAUAUAUAUACAAAUAUAUCUGUAAAGGACAUGAUAAGAUAUCAUUUGGCUUACACGAAGAUAACACAAGUAUACAAAUAGAUGAGAUAAAAGAGUAUCAAUCUGCUAGAUGGGUGUCACCUUCAGAAGCUAUGUGGCGCUUAUUUGCGUUUCCUAUUAGUGAAAUAACUCCGAGUGGUUACCACCUCCCAUUACAUCUUGAUGGACUACAAUUUGUCUCUUUUAAAAAAACGACACAAUAGAUAGUAUCGUGAAAAAUCCUAUGAUCAAGAAGACGAUGCUGACAGAAUUCUUUUUGAUGAAUGAAACAAACAAAGAUGCUAAAGAGUUUAAAUUAAUGUAUAAAGAUUUUCCACAACACUUCGUAUGGUCAUCUAGCUAUAAAAUGUGGACUCGACGAUAACAAGGUCACGUUAUUGGCCGGGUUGUAACAUGUCAUCCAACAGAGGGAGAAAGAUAUUACCUUAGAUUAUUACUAAUGAAUGUGAGAGCACCAAAAUCAUACAAAGAUCUUCUAACGGUAAAUGAAAUAUGCUGCGACACAUUUAGAGAAUCUGCAGAAAAAAAAGGGUUGUUACAUUGUGAUAACAACUUGAUUGAAUGUAUGUUAGAGGCUGCAUGUUAUCAAAUGCCUUAUAGUUUAAGACGUUUAUUUGCUACAUUAUUAGUAUACUGUAGCCCUGACAAUCCAAGAGAACUACGGGAACAGUUUGAAGAUUCAAUGUCCGAAGAUUUUAAAAUCCUAGCCAAUAUACAGCAAAAGAUAUCCACAUCGCUGUUCUGAAUCACAUCAAUGAUAUACUACAUUCUAUGGGUCGUGAUAUUAAUGAAUUCAAUCUUGUUUCAGAAAAUAUUACAUCUUCGAAAAUGGCAAAUGAAGCGAAGGAAGCAUAUUUCGAAAGAAACAUCAUUGUGGGUAACGAAGAUUUGUUGUUACAUAGAAAAUUAAAUACAUAACAGAAAAUAGCAUACGACAUAAUCUUGCAAAGAGUAUUUGUCAAUGAAUCAAGAGCAUUUUUCAUUGAUGGUCCUGGAGGAAGUGGUAAGACGUUUUUAUGCUGUGCCUUAUUAGCAACUGUGAGAUCUAAAGGAUUUGUAGCAUUAGCAACAACAACUUCUGGAGUUGCAGCUUCGAUCCUUCCAGGAGGACGAACAGUUCAUUUACGUUUUAAAUUUCCGAUUAAUAUCGAUGAAAAAUUUUCUUGCAAUAUUAGCAAGCAAAGCUCAUUGGCAUCUUUGAUUCGUGAUGCAAAAUUGAUUGUGUGGGAUGAAGUAUCAAUGGCAAAAAAGAACAUGAUUGAAGCUUUAGAUUCUCUCUUGAAAGAUAUAAUGAACACAAAUGUGCUUUUCGGCGGAAAAGUUGUUGUGUUUGGAGAGGAUUUUAGACAAACUCUUCCUGUGGUUCGAAGUGGAAAAAAGGAAGAUUUCAUUCGAGAAAGCAUAUUGAACUUCGAAAUAUGGAACGAACUUGAAAAAUUGCAAUUAUCAGAGAAUAUGCGUGCCAAAACUGAUCCCUCUUUUUGUGAAUAUUUGAUGCGAAUUGGAAAUGGAAAAGAAAAAAAAAACAUGGAUAAUAAAAUAGAAAUUCCAAAGUCUUUCAUUGUUCCUUAUAUUACUGAAAAAGAAUCUUUGGGUCUUUUAUUUAACAUAAUAUAUCCUAAUUUGCACAUGUCUCUUCACAAUUCUUCUUUUUUAACUUCGCGCGUUAUUUUGACAACAAAAAAUGACUUUGUUGAUGAAAUAAAUGAUAGACUUAUAGCUCAAUUCCCUAAAGAAGCUAAAACAUUUAUUGCAAUGGAUGAAACUGUUAAACCAAAUGAUCAGAGCCAGUUUGAGGGUUUUUUACAUUUAUUGAACCCUGCUGGUUUGCCUCCUUACAAAUUAAUCUUGAAGGAAAAUUGUCCUGUCAUGUUGCUGCGAAAUUUAAAUCCUUGUGAGGGUUUAUGCAAUGGUACACGACUGAUAUGCUGUGAUUUUAAGAGUCGUGUUAUAUGUGCUAAAAUUGCAAGUGGUGAUUUUAAAGAUACGCAUGUAUUUAUUCCCAGAAUACCAUUGUUAUCUUCAGAUGAUGAGAAGCUACCAAUCCCAUUUAAAAGAACUCAAUUUCCAAUACGCCUGUGUUUUGCAAUGACGAUAAAUAAAGCGCAAGGGCAAACAUUAAAUUAUGUUGGUAUUUAUUUGCGUGAGCCAGUAUUUUCUCAUGGCCAGCUAUAUGUUGCUUUAUCCAGAGCAAAGAGUUCAAGUUGUAUUAAAAUAUUAAUCCGACCACCAACCGUAGAUAACGAUGAUGACCAUUCUACAUAUAACAUAGUGUAUGACGAAAUCAUUCAAAAAGCACUUCUAUAAGUCUGUAGCUUUCUUCUUUAUAUUCCUGGUUUAACCUUAUAUUCUUUAUUUCAAUAAUUUUCUUGAGACUUGAGAUAGUUUCUCUGCAAUUUACUAUGUGCUAAAUAAGAGUUGACUUGUGUAUCUACAAAUCCUUCCUAAACUUUUACUCAUCUGAUAUAGUUUUUGGAUGCCAAAUAUACAAAUCAGAAUAUUUACAUUGUGAAACUUUCCAAGACCAAUAAGUCAAAGCAUUCAUCUUUACAAAUCUAUAAAUACAAUAGCAACUUGCAUAUUUAUGUGAUUUUUUUCCAACUCUGUGAAGCUGACCUGACUGACAUUUACAUCAAAAAAAAAUAUAUAUUUUUAACUCCGCCUGUGUUCAAAUUAUAUUGUAACACAGCCGGUCCCAAGCCCGGAUAAAGGAGGACGGUCUAUUGUAUAUUGGUAUUUUAAAAAGAUCUUCUAAAGUAAAAUGUUUUCACAAGUUGGUACUAAAAGAAACUAAAUGACCCAGUAUUAUUUGUUGCGUCAUAAUACACGAGUUAAUGCACAACUGUCGAAUUGGUCUGGCAGCAAAGGAUAAGCUUUUGAAAAUAUUUACAUAGCUGCUGCAGGGGGCUGUUAUGGAAUUAAACAACCCUCAGGUUUCCUCUUUCUCCUGAAACGUCUGUGCUAAUUUUGAUUGCUCAAGAAAUUGAAAUCAUAGCCCUCUUCAACCUUGGUGUGAAUAAUAACAAGUAUGUUCUCUUGUGGGUGAUUAUAUUAUGGUAGUAGAAUCGCAAAUCAGUUUUCCGUAAGCACCUCUAACUAACGAAGAUAGACAACACUGAUUUUGUCCAGCCGUCAAAUAAUCUAUGCCUUUCUGAUGAACUUCUUGCAUUGGCACCCCAUAAGUCAAAUAGCUUUGAAUUUCUUGCCAUCUUUCAUUGGUCUUCAAAUGACUGCAUCUUUCUAGAGAAAAUUUCUAUGUUUUUCACAAGUCAUUCAUCUCCAAAUUUCACCUUAUAAAACAAAAUAGGUAUCAUUUGUUUUAUGGUACUUACUCGCUUUGUUCUUGAACUGUCUGGUCAUGCUACAUGGUUUGGUAAUAUUCUUCUCUAUUGAGUUGUAGCUUGUAGGUGGGAUAUUCAUAUAGACUGGCUUCAGUAAUUAAGGUGAAUUUUUAAUUUUACUUCGCUUAUGUGUAGCACAGGUUGAUUUCAGACAGCUACAAUCUUGAUUUUGUCGAGCGAAAAUCAUUUAAAGUGCACGAAAUUAGCUUUAACAAAGUCAUGUGCUUAUUCACUCGACAAAAUCAUAUAGAGUGCACGAUUCUGUCACAAAAUGAGCAUUUCUCUUCUGUUUUUCUACUGAUUCCUUUGACUCUGUCUCUUCUAUAUCCGAUGGUCAUAUUUCUUCUUUUUAAAAAUUUCCAUCUUUCUCAAUUUGUGUCUCUCUAUUUGGUUUUUUCUUACUCUACUUCUUAAGAUUUGAUCCCUGCAUUUUGGAAGUAAUUACUUCUCUUUCUUCCUGUGUUGCUUCUGGGUUUAAAUAGGUCUAAGGAAUCACCAAUUGCUUUCUAGGUUUUAAUUGUUUUUCUUUGGCAGCUUCACUUUCAGUUUGCCUGUUAUGUGUUUGUGAAAUUGCAUGUCACAAAGGGAAAAGAAAAGAGUAAUUCAAAGUUGAGAGAAUUGCAUGAAAACGAAAUUACAGAGCUGAAUUAAAUUGAAUUGAAAAAAUGUUGUUUUCUUGACAAUUUAGUUAUUCGUAACUCAGCUAAUGCAUCAUCUUCUAGGGCUAGCAGUAUUUUUACGAAGCAGGAUUCUCCUGUUAUAAGAGGGCUCGUUGCUUUGUUGUGAAACAGGUUAGGUAAUUUUGUUGUCACAUAUAAAUAGUAUAGAA